UUUGUUCGUUUCUUGUGAGGGACAUGGGCUUGGACUGGCGCAUGGGUGCUGAAUGGUUUGAGACAUGUCUAUUGGACUAUGAUCCUUGUUCUAAUUACGGAAACUGGACCUAUGGAGCAGGAGUUGGUAAUGAUCCAAGAGAAGACCGGUACUUCAGCAUCCCCAAGCAAGCACAGAACUAUGAUCCAGAAGGAGAAUACGUAGCGUUUUGGGUGCAGCAGCUGCGUCGGCUUCCAAAAGAGAAAAGGCAUUGGCCAGGGAGAUUGAUGUAUAUGGACACAGUUGUGCCAUUGAAGCAUGGUCAUGGUGGUGGUAAUGCUCAAGCGUCUCGUGUGUCAAAGUCUCGUGGUGGUUUCAGAGAUAAUCACAGUGGGAGACGUUGA